AUGGAAACAGAAGAAGAACUGGUAGCUGCUGCGAAGAAAAUCAUGAAACCUCUUGAAAUGAAGAAGAAUUUGACGGAUGAUUCUAAGAAAAUUUUGUCGAAUCUAUGCAUGCAGUUGUGUGAUAUAACUAGAGAGAAGGAACAGAAAGAUGAGGGAGUGAAAGAAAAUGAUGGACUUAAUGAGAUUGAGCAGCAGCUUGAUUUGAUACAAGAUAAGGUUUUGAGUUGGGAAAGGGAUCAGGCGAUUAUAUGGGAUUGUGGCCCAGAAGAAGCUUAUGAGUAUUUGAAGGCUGUGGACAAAGCUCGAAAGUUGACUGAGAGUUUGGAGAGAUUGAGCUUAAAUAAUGGUAGUGAAGACACGACACUUCUGCGUAGGGCUCAUGAUGUCCUUCAGAUGGCUAUGGCAAGGCUUGAAGAGGAGUUUAAGCACUUGCUUGUUCAGAAUAGGCAGCCUUUUGAACUGGAGCAUAUGUCUUUUCGAUCAAGGGCAAAAAGCACAGCCACUAUAUCAACUACUUACAAGCAUCAUGCCAAAAAUAUCAUUCAUGUUAACUUGCACAAGUGA